UGUCUCAAGUUGUCUGUGAUCUGUACAGUCUGCUGUCUGAGUUUUUUAAACAGGCUCUUAAAUGAACAUUUUUUGUCCUGUUCAAUUUUAUACUCUGCAGAAAUGUUUACUACAAAAAGGCAGUUCGUGGCCGUAGCUUCCAUCAUUACCGUAAUUUGUUUAUGCUUUAUGGUGACAAUUGUUAAUCAGCGAAAUGAUUUUUCAAACACAAGUAUACUAAAAGAUAUCUCGAUAGCUUUGGAGUCACAAAAAGAAUCUGAUCACAAGGAACAUGACUCGAAUCCACCCAUCAAAGACAGAAAGGAUAUCCUGGAUUUCAUUCACAAACAAUGUAAAAAGUACCACAAGGUCACAGUUGGCCCAGGUGAGGCAGAGAGGCCAAGAAAAAUGGUGCUUCCUAAGAAUUGGAGAAAGCAUAGAAUGGUGUACGCAGGGAAUCCUAAGGCUGGGUCAUCCUCCUUCAAGAGAUGGAUUCAUGUGAUCCAAGGAGACACCAGGCCUUAUGAUCAGAUCAAACAUGUUCACCAAAUGGGAAGUUACGGGAAGGUGGACGAACUCUUUGAAGUGGCGGAGAAAAAGCUGGGACGUCCUCCGACGCUGAAGGAAGCCACGGAGGAUUUUUUUAAAGUAACUGUAGUAAGGAAUCCAGUAACAAAACUACUGUCGGGAUAUAGAGACAAAGUUGAAAGGGUAUCAGCAACUGGUAUCAGGCCCGCAAUGUUCAAGUUCAAUCCAGAUCUCAACGUAAACAGCACAAAAGCUGAAAAGUAUAAGGCCUUUGUACAAGCCGUAACCGCUGGAAAGUUAAGAAAUCAUCACUUCACACCUCAAUGGCACAAGAUGAAGAUCUGUGACUUUCCUUACGACGCGAUACUACAAACGGAGACAGCCAACGAGCAGAUAAAAGUGGUACAGGAACAUACUAAUACCUCACAGUAUAUCUUUCCUGGCUCUAGAGCGGAGACGGGUAGAGAUGAGGGCAUUUCUACCUUGCAAAGGACCAGAGGAUAUUACAGCUUGUUCGAACCAGAGCUUAUGGAUAAACUUUACAACUACUUUUUAUGGGACUUCGUUCUGAUGGGAUACUCUAAACUUGAUAAUCCCAACUUUCCUCAUCUGGACUUUGAUCAGGAUAUAAAAAAAGAGUUUGGACAUUUGUUGAAAAAUCAUAUUGAUAUGGUGACCGCUAAUCCUGGAACAGACGGAACAAAUAAACCAACAGCUAAACCAUGAUGAAAAGCGAAUUUUACAUUUUGAACAAAGUUUGAAGUUUGAACUUUAACUAUAUCAGCUAUCUUAUUUUAAAGUGGAAAUGCAUUUUAUUUAUAGUAUUUAUUUAUCGCAACGGAAUGUUACUAUUGUUGCCUUUUACUACUGUAUUAACAUUAAGGCGAUUGUCGUGGGAAACAUUGUUUAUUCAUAGCAUCAGCAAUCAGAAUAUUAUUAUCUUUG